CCAGCAUCACCUCCUCACCCCUCCUCACCCCUCCCCACCGGUGACUAUGCAGAGGCAGUGACGUCACCAGGCUGACUCCCUUCCUGCUGCAUCACAGCAGCCUUUAGCAGCUCGAGUAGCUCUUGUGACCGGGGGACCGGGAUAUCCACCGCUAAUUCAUUGAUAAAAAACCACCCCGCUGACGUUGCAGCAUUCUACAACACCGCAAGACGGGGGUAACCGAUAGGAACUGGUUGCAGCGAGAUUGCCCCACUCCAGCUGUUGGGAUAUGGCCAGGCCGGAACAGGUUCUGCUCUUGGAGCCUCAACACGAACUGAAAUUCAGAGGUCCGUUCUCAGACGUGGUCACUACAAAUCUCAAGCUCUCCAACCCUACAGACAGGAAUGUGUGUUUCAAGGUAAAGACGACAGCGCCGCGCCGGUACUGCGUGCGGCCAAACAGCGGAAUCAUCGAUGCAGGCACCUCCAUUAAUGUUUCAGUAAUGCUGCAGCCUUUUGACUACGACCCCAAUGAAAAGAGUAAACACAAGUUCAUGGUCCAGUCCAUGAUAGCGCCUCAUGACAUGACCGACAUGGAGGGAGUGUGGAAGGAGGCGAAGCCAGACGAGUUGAUGGACUCCAAGCUGAGGUGUGUUUUUGAGUUGCCAGUGGAGAACGAGAAAAUGCACGACAUGGAGUCCAACAAGAUGAUGUCGUCCAGCUUGCUGAAGUCAGAGUCUUCCGUUCUGCCUGCAAAGUCACUGAGCUCCACCCUGGAUGACGGGGAGGUAAAAAAGAUCAUGGAGGAGUGCAAGAGGCUUCAGAUGGAGGCUCAGAGGCUACGGGAAGAAAACAAACAAAUCAGAGAGGAUGACGGACUCCGGAUGAGGAAGACUAACGUCAUCUCACCCCAGCAUGCCUCAGUCGCCCUAAAGAGAGACGAAGGCUUGAGCGCCCGCACAGUGGCCCUGCUCGUUCUCUUCUUCGUGGUGGGCGUCAUCGUGGGCAAGUUGGCCUUGUAGAGCGCAGCAUUCGGGUUGGCCGCAGCAUGCUUCGUGGGAUGGAAACAAACGCAGGAUCUGGGAUUGUGGAAUCGGAAAUGCCAUGUCUGCUGGGUGGGGUGGGGGGUGUUGGUACUAGUUUUGAUUCUGUCUCAUUUAUGUAAAACAUUGAAAAAGUAAUGUAAGAGAGCAGCAAGAAAAGAAAAAAAAAAGACUCCUCUUCUGAACAAAACAGGCCUUGCCUCUACGUAAUCAUCACAUAAUCAUUUUGGCCUUCUUCCCAAAGGUUCAUCUAUUACUUGUUUGGGGAAUGGGGGGAAGGGGAGGGGAGGGGAGGCUUUGGAAAUUUGAUUUAACUCUAGUAGUUCAGACCAAGAGAUUUUCUUACACCGGCAAGGUCGUGUUGGUGCGACAGAGUUUGCAUCUGUGCGAAUGUCAUUUUAGCGUAUCGUUGUUUCUUUUUCUAAAUGACGCCGGCCAGCGACGACGUACACGAACACGUCACGGCCCGCUGUACAGUAUAUCCCAGUGUCCCUCCAGCGAAACCCCUUUAAGGAAGGGAUUGACCACAGAGAUGAUCCACGCCGCCGGGGUUACAGGGCUAUCACACCCUCUCCUCCAAUCAGAGGCUUUGUAAAAACCCUGUCUUUGAUUGUAGAACCACCCUGAUUGAUGUAUGAAACACUAUCAUCCGUGUUUUCUUUCUUUAUGCCCUUUUUUAGUUUCACCCCCACCUUACUCUCAUUACCUAUCACAUCCUUCUCACCACUUCUCGCCUGUCAGAGGCAGAUGUUCGAUUGCAUGCAUUGACACAGCGUUGCAUCUGGUCAUUUGAAUCUAAUUUAAUUGCUUUUAUAACGGUGAUUUUUGUCAUUUGAUUGUAGGUUUGCACAACUUUGUUUAUGAUUUUUGUUCUUUCUCUUUUGUGUUUUCUUUCCGUUUCAUGGUUUUAUUUGAUUUUUUUUUUCAUAAGGGUUGAAGCAUUUGAAAACACUGCAGCUAGAUUAGUGAAAGAUUCGAUCACUUCUGGAAAAUGCGGACGACUUGCCUUGUGACCUGCUAGGGCAAGUUAUUCUCAGGCCAAGAUGGAGGUACACUAACGUAAAACAGACAGGAGGUGCAUGUAUAAUAAAUGGUUUUCUUUUCCUGACAAGAUCAACAUUGAGGUCCUAUUACAGUGUUCUCACCAGUAAACAUUGGUCUUUUCCAUCUCUUUAAAAAAUAUAUAUUUUCAAAUUGAGCCAUAUAUUCAUUGGCAUCUGUUUUUAUUUCAGGCGAAUCUAUGUCUGAGAUCAGAUGAGAGUUUUUGGCUUUCUGUUUUUGGAAGUUUUUUUUCUUUUUCACACCACUUCAAAUCUUGGCUUUAUUUUGCCGUUAAUUAAACAUCUACUUGUUUGUUUAUGCUCAAUCAUCACCACUGUUCAGGUUUGCAAACAAUUUUGAUGCACUUAGCUUAAAAGUGUGUCUGAGCUUCCUGCAGUAAUGUCGGUUUUUCAUUUUCCCAAAGCUAUAGUGGAAAAUGAACACAGUCUAGCUCUAGCUUUGAGGGACCACAAGAUCCCAGUCAAAAUGAGUGCCACUUUCAAGAAACUCUCUCAAAAGGAUUCAUCUUCAAAUUAACAUAUUGAGGGGUCCAUAUAUUGCUCUUCAUUACUUGACAAUAAUAAGCAAGUGGUCACAGUUAUGCCCUGAUUAAUCUAAAUUAAAUUAGUCGAUUGGUUGGUUAUGAAGGAGUAAUUCUAAGAAAUGACAAAAAAAAUGGCAGCAAUUCUCCAUCUUUUCCUAUUGAGUGUAGAGGAAGACAAUGUAUGUGACUGGUGGACAAGAAAAUGAAUAAACAAGAGUGUGUGUGUGUUUCUACUGUAUCUCUAAAGUUUUUUUUUUUUUUUUGGGUUGAGGAUGACUUGCUGCUUAGAGGGAGGGCAGAGCAGACCUGAGCUGCAGUCCGGUUUUGGGUUAUCAGACCUGGAUCAAACACCUCUUGCACAUAGUUGUUUUUGUUUAGCAUGUCCUGGCUGGAGUGUUGCAAAAUUUUACAGAGGAAAAAGACCCACGAGCACCAGAUUAUCAAGCAUCCAUUUGACUCAUGUGUGUGACCUUAUCACUGCCUUUUGAUGCAGUAAAUUCCACCAAUUUCGCGCUCCGAGAAAAGCCGGUCAAACAAAAAUAACGACGUGUAAACACUGGUCGAUCCAGGCCUGAUGGAAACGCACUACACCAACCUGUCCUGGGGUCUCUGACCACCAACGUGAUUAAUGUAAGCAGUAAAAAAAAAACAAAUGCUGUUUUGUAUGUAUAUAAAUAAAUAAAUAAGUCUAUCUGAGAAAAUUAUUAUUCCUAGUCGAGUAGUCUGGUGUAUAAAAACAAAAACAACCCAACCUGGUUGGAUUAUGUAGCAUCUUAAUAAAUUAAAUGAAUAAAGCCCA